AUGCAAAGCCUAUCAGCUCCAGCCACAGUACUCAGUAAGGAUCAAGAUUCUGAAGCAAACUCUAACCGAGUCUUUAUCACACUCGCUGCAGUGUUUGGCGUCAGCCUUGCGCUUACAGGAUUCGAUAGCAUUGAAAAGGUUCCGAGAGCCAAGUUCAAAUGCAUGAAAAGUGUCGGAUAUUCCUUUUUCGUUGGGCGAGUUUACCAAUCAAACAGUGGCGUCGACCACCGCGGAAUCAAGAACAUCAAGGAUGCUCAAGCAGUUAGAUUCAAACGCGUUGACGGAUAUAUCUCCCCCUGCCUGACCUCGUCCUGCCCCAGUGCCGCCAAGCAGGCCUCGAGAGUUUCCACUGCACUGAAGAAAGCUGGAGUUAAAGUCCAAACCAUCUGGAUUGACGUUGAGAAGAAUAAGUGGUCAAGCAAUAAGAAGAAAAAUCGUGCGUUCAUCAGUAAAAUGGGAAAGACGCUCACCGAUCUUGGACACACAUGGGGCAUUUAUACCAACAAGCCCAUGUGGAAAGCAACUGUAGGUUCUCACUAUACCGCUUUGAAGAAUAAACCGCUGUGGUGGGCACGCUACGAUAACACAUUGAGUUUCAAAAACUUCAAGUCCUUCGGUGGAUGGAAAAAGCCGAACAUUCAUCAAUACAGCGGUUACUCCCUUGGGCCGUGCUCAUUCAAGAUUGAAGAAAAUUGGUAUCCAAAAGGACCCUAG